GCUCCGUCCAGUGGAGGGACUUUUUGCCCUCUGCUCCCGGGCCCCUCAGGCAGCCACUCCCGUGGGCACACGCCCAGGAGCUGCUUCUGCGCCGUGCUCUCUCCCUCUGCCUUUCACUUCCCAGCUGCCAAGAUCUUGGAAGCUUUGAAGCUCAGCAAAGAAGGGAAAUCCAUUGAGAACAGUCUGUAAAGGUAUCCCAGGACUGCCUGCUUGCCGAGACCCUCUGUAAAACUCCAUGCACCCUGCUGUUGAGCGCUCUGAGGAGAUAACAGUAUUCAGAGAGAAUUCAAGCCGUGAGGAAAUGUCAUUCAGAUUCGGCCAACAUCUCAUCAAGCCCUCUGUGGUGUUUCUCAAAACAGAACUGUCCUUCGCCCUGGUGAACAGGAAACCUGUGGUACCUGGACAUGUCCUCGUGUGUCCCCUCCGGCCAGUGGAGCGCUUCCGAGACCUGCGUCCCAAUGAAGUGGCCGACCUGUUUCAGGCAGCACAGAGAGUCGGGACGGCGGUGGAGAAGCAUUUCCAGGGCACCUCUCUCACCUUUUCUGUGCAGGAUGGCCCCGAAGCCGGACAAACUGUGAAGCAUGUUCACAUCCACGUUCUCCCAAGGAAGGCUGGAGACUUUCACAGGAAUGACAGCAUCUAUGAUGAGCUCCAGAAACAUGACAAAGAGAAGGAGGACUCCCCAACCUUGUGGAGAUCGGAGGAGGAGAUGGCAGCCGAAGCUGCGGCGCUGCGGGGCUACUUUCAGUGACGCAGGUGGGUCUCAGCCAACAACCUGGAAGGAUAGAGGUAAAAUGCACAUCCAGCCAAGUGACACAUCUGAAAUGUUCAGUUUUUGAAUGUUUACUUAUUUGCACCCUGGAACCCACCUCUCAAGCCAAGAUGAGAAUAUUCACAGCCCUUCUCCCCACCCCCAAGGCUCCCUGCUGCCCCCUCCCUGUCAGUACCCACCUCCAUCCAUCCUGAGGAAAUUACUACUUUGAUACUUAUCCUCACAGAUGACCCUUGCUGGCCCUGAAGUUCAUAUGAACCGAAUAACGUGGCGUGAACUUUUCUGCAUCAGGCUUCUUUCGCACAGUGUAACCCCCGUAAGAUUCCAUCACGUUGUGGAGCGUAGCACUCCAUUUUUUUGCAUGGUCAUAUAAUUGAUAUUAUGAUCAUUCUUCACCUGUCCUUUCUGUAUACAUCCAAGUCUCAGACCAUAAACAUGCUUCUAGUGUUUCAAGGAUCACGUUGAACAUCACCUCUAUAAAGCAUUCCCUGGUAGCAAUACGCCCUCUCAGUCAGAAACGGCAUCUGUAGCCGCCUCCUACCCCACUGUAUGUAACCUGGAGGCCCCACUCACACUGCAGCUCUUAGGACCCGGGCACAGAUGUCAGGCACUACCUCACCUGCUCCUUGUGGACAGCACGCUACGCCCUAUUUAUCUUUGUAUGAACGGCAACCCUAGCACCAUGCCUAGCGUACAGCCACCCAAGCUUAAUGGUAUCUAUUGCAUUAUCUCCAUAGCCAUUUUCUUCUGAGAAAAGAUGCACUGUUGCUGCUUAUUAAUUGAAACCUACAUGUGCAAAGCAUGUCUGUUCCCUAUGUGUAUCAUAAGAUCCACUAACAGGAGGCAGUGUGGAGAUUUCCACACUAUCUGUUUUCAACUCUGAUCAGAAACAAACGCUUGGAGGCCAGGCUUUUUUGGGGUAGGCAGGACUUUGAACUCCUGACUUCUAUAGGUUUUCUCCUCAAAGUAGAGUAAGACAUUGUAAUCAAGAGUCUAAGUCCAUUUUUGAGGUUGGACUGCUGAUUACCUUUAAGCCCCAUCCUUCCCCGUUACGACUUGCCCUUCCUCUGGGCACUCCCUCCCUCGGGCCUCACAGGGAAGUUCAAGCCACUGGAACCCCAGCCUUAAGGGGAACACUAACCCCGGCCCAUCCACUACGCACUAUGAACACCUGAGGCCACCUGAUCCUUCCCUCCCCCUCUGCUUACUUAACUCUGAACAGAACUUGAGCCCUUCUCAGG